CUAGUAGUGGACUUGCAUUGGGCUAGUGGGUUAUUGGGGAGGUCUGUGUUUGAGGUUGGAGUAGGUAGCCUAUCGGUUUUUGGUGAUAAGUGUGUCUAAGGUAGUAGUAGUAUCUCUGCAUAUGAUUGUUAUGGGAAGAGUGAAGAUGUUGGAGUUGGGUCUGUGUACUGGUAAAAUAGUUGUAGGAUUCGGGUUGGCGUUGGGGGUAUUGACUACAUACUACUCAUACCGUCUAAGUAGUGUGCUACAGAGUACAGCCAAGGUAGCUUGUCGUGCAUAUGCAUGUGUAUAUAUGUACGUGUAUGUAUGUAUAUAUGUAUGUCGGUCGGAAAGGAAAGAUUUAUUCCUUUUUCGUAUGUGACUGGUGUUGCGGUGGCAUCAGUGGUGAUGAUGGUGAUGGUGAUGGUGGUGGUGUAUAGUAGAUACGAGUGUUGUUGAUAAUAUUAUUUCGGU